UUUUUUUGUAUUUGUUCAAUCUAGUAUACUCACAAAAAAAAGGGGGUGUGUCAUACCAAUUCAACGCUUUUUUUUGUAUACAUAAAUAUCAUUUUUGUUAAGACUAGCCUUUAUGACGGACGAGAAUAACAACCUUUUAGUUUCCGAUCAAGCGAUCACAGCAAACGCACUUUCCUCCACAUACCGAGUCAAACUUUAUCAACUCAAUAUAGACACUAACUGGGAAGACAAAGGAACUGGAUUUUGUGUAUAUCAACUGGGACAAGAUGGAGAACCCGAUCAGAUUAUUGUACAGUCUGAAGAGGAUGAUAGCAUAUUACUCAACUCACAAGUUACUAAACGACGUUUCUAUCAAAAGCAACAAGAAACAUUGAUUGUAUGGACAGAAGAUGACAACCGAGAUCUUGCUUUAAGUUUUCAAGAUCCAGCUGGUUGUGAUGAAAUAUGGCAAUAUAUUGGUAAAAAGCAAGAUGGUAUCAUGACAGGAGAUAUGGACAAUGGCGACUUGUCACCACCAGCCAACAGUGGUCCUGAAAUGACAUCUUUGCCUGACCCUGAAUUAUCGAAUCUACAGGAAAUUGCCGAUAUUUUGAUUCAUGCUCGUAUACAAGAAAAAGAAAAAAUGGCUUCUUUUAUUUCUAUUGAAAAUUAUAUUGAUAAACUACUACCCUUGUUCGAGACCUGUGAAGAUUUAGAGGACAUCAAAGAUUUGCAUCUUUUGUAUACUGUUAUGAUUGGGAUAUUGGGCCUAAAUGAUCAAGGCAUCAUUGAACAACUUGUCAGAGAUGAAUACCUAUUUGCAUUUAUGGGCAUAUUAGAAUACAAUCCAAAAACACCCAGUAUGAAAGCAAAUCACCGAGAAUUCAUAAAGACACAUAGUAAUACACCGCAAAUUAUUGAAUUCACAGAAGAGUCUAUUAAACAUAAAGUGGAUCAAACAUUCAGACUUGAAUAUGUUCAGACAAUUAUUCAACAACAAAUCUUGCCAGAUUCACCACCUAUUGAUAUCGAAGGACUCUUGAGUGUCCUUGGGAAUCUCAUCUUUCAAAACCAUGUUGAAGUUGUCAGUCAUAUCCAAAAUAAUCAUUCUUUCCUCAAAGAACUGUUUGGGCUUAUGAAGACAGACAAAGAAAAACGAUGUGAUAUCAUGCGAUUUGUGAAUCAACUCUGUCAACUCACAAAGCAAAUGCAGAACUCUAUACGCGUCAAUCUGUUUAGAGCAUUGGCCAUGUUUGGUCUAUUUGAUUUGUUGUGUUUUGCACUAGCAGAUCAAGACAAGACAACACGCACAACUUCACUUAAUUUACUGGCUUCUUUUACUGAUCUGGACGUGGUUUCUGUUCGAAGUCAUAUCUUGAUGCAGUCAAAAGAACAAGACAGAGAAUUGAAGCCAUUGAUUGAUGUGAUUGUUGAGCGAUUUGUUGUAGAUGGUGACUAUGACCUUAAGGUCCAAUAUUUUGAAAUUCUAAGGCUCUUGCUGGACCCCAAUAGCGGUAUACCCAAUAACCCAAAUACAGCCAGUGGAAAUCCAAAUGAUCCAUUAAACAAACAAGUACCAGAAACAGACGAAUUCUUACAGCUCUUUUAUGACAAGCAUACAACUACAUUAUUAAAGCCUGUUGAUAUCUUUGACAUCAAGACCAUGUCAUUAAAAGGACCUAUUGAACCACUCCUGAUGACACAAGAUCAAGCACAACUCUGUCUAUAUAUUUGUGAAUUUCUCUAUUUUGCAAUUAGACACCAUGGUUUCCGUAGCAAAUACGUUGUCUUAUCUUCUGAUCUGAUAAUCAAAAUUGCACAACUCUAUAGAUCAAAAUAUGCUUAUAUAAAAUUAGCUGCAUUGCGAUUCUUUAGAGUGUGCAUUGCGCUCAACGAUGAAUUUUACAAUCGCAACCUUGUAAAGCACAAUGUGUUUGAACCCACAAUACGUGUCUUAUUAGACACAGAUGGCAGAGAUUGUUUAUUAAAUUCAGCUUGUCUUGAUUUAUUUGAACAUAUACGCAAGGAAAACAUCAAGUCCCUUUUGACUCAUUUGGUGACUCAGUUUGGUUCCGUGCUAGACACAAUCACUUAUGUUCCUACUUGUAAGCAACUGAGGAUGAAAUAUGACGAGAAUCAAAGAGGAGCUGAAACGUCUCAAACUGAAGGCAGUUCUUCAAGUGAACAUACAGAUAAAAAAGCGAAUCACGAAGGCUGGGUCUCCGCCACAGUAGAUGAUGAUGAAGAAGAAUAUUUUAAUACAUCAGACGAAGAAGAAACAACAUCGUCUGAACAGAUACCAAAGCCUCUAGUGAGCUAUGAAGACGAUGAAGACGAUGAAGAAGAGGAAGAAGAAGAGGAAGAAGAAGACGAAGAAGACGAAGAGGAAGAGGAGGAUGGAGAAAGGACAAAAGACACACAAGAGCCAUCAAGUAUAGAAGAAAGACCUCCAUUAACCAGAAAGAGAUCAAGCGAAGAAGCAGAUUUAGAGUCUAUAGCCUUUAAAUCAAGAAAGAAAUCAAGCGAAGAGGAAGAGGAAGAUGAUGUGUUGGCCAAAAAGCGCACAUCAUCACCACGUCAAUCUGUUAACAAAAAGAUUGUGAUCAAUACUGCCAAUAUGAAAAGAAUGCGUUCUCAAUAAAUU